UUGGCAUGAUUCUCACUCCAUCGUUUCCUUCUCUUUCUGCGGGAUACACUGUAACCUGUUAGGUGACUGGCAGCGAUCCAACAAACUUUCACAAUCCACUGUAAGGAAGGACAGUUGAUUAUACAAAUGCUCUUUUACAAACUGCGUUAGUAACUUUGAUUAAAGUUGGAGUGAGUUUAGCCAUGGCAGACGCCGACGGCCGGGAUCGCGCGGAGGAACAGGGCGCCGCGGGGGGCGAAGAUUUCAUCGAUGACCCCAUCAUGGUACAGGGGGCUUUGAUUCUGAGAGGGUACGUGAUGCACUGUAUCAGCGCCAAUGACCCGGCCAUGCAGGUCUCCUCUGAGGACCUGGGUGGGGCCCGCAACGAGCAGCAAGACCCUCAGAUCAAGGAGGUGGUGGAGAUGCUGCGGAAAAAAUCUGACGUCCUGGACCAGAACGCUGAGUUUGAGAACCUGAUCAGCCAGGUCCAGGGGAACUGUGUCCAGGACGUCUUCAUGAAGGUGGCUAAGAGCAUCUUCAAUGACGGCAUCACCUGGGGCCGUGUGACGUGCCUCUUCUACCUCGCCUACAAAUUCAUCUACAAGGCGCUGACCAUGAACCACAUGGAGAACAUCCGGAUCAUCAUCAGCUGGGUGCUGCAGUUCAUCAGGGAGCAGCUGCACACCUGGAUCGCUCAGCAGGGGGGCUGGGAGGGCGUGGUCAGGGGUAUCUCCCGCUGGCGGACGGUGACGGCGCUGGCCUCCGUGGUGCUGGCGGUGGCCUUCGUCUACAACAGGAAGUCGCGCUAACGAGCCCCGGAGGCACUUCCUGUGGAGGGAAGCUCAGUCAUCCUCCACACACUACUCCCUCUGCCGAGGCCCAGAGCCGUCUCCCGCCGUAGCACUCCUUCCCGUCGCGUCUCAGGGGUCCAAGGACUAAAACAUGCAAUAGAUAAAUCAGGUGAUAGAUGAUGAGGAAUGUGCUUUUUUUUAUUCUGCUUUACUGGCUGGGGGGGAGACUUUACUAACAAAGAUUGUUCUUAUCGUUAUUUUGUUCAUGUCGUGGAUUCCCUCUUGUCAGCGGAAAAUGAUCUCUGCUGAACAAGUGACCUUAUGUUUAUUUUUUUUAAGAUUUUAAUGUUGGGGUUUUAAGCUAUAUAUCCCUUUUAGCUAUAUAU